UAUCAGAGAUUAUGGAAACUCAGGUGGCCAAGAGAUUGUACCAAGUUUGGAAAGGAAGCAAUAGGUUUUUCUGUGGUGGGAGACUGAUAUUUGGUCCAGAUGUGAUUUCUCUCCUUAUGACAAUUACUCUUAUAGCUGGUCCUUCGAUAGCAUUUGCUUGUCAAAUUAUCGUAAAAAUCCAUAACAGGGAGAAGCUUGCACACCAUCAUCAUAUGUACGAGCAUAGUCAUAUACUUGGUUAUCCAGUACUAAUUGUGACACUAAUCGUCACAUUAGCGGAUUUGAUUUUUCUCUUCUUGACGUCCAGUAGAGAUCCAGGAAUAGUACCAAGAAGUGUUCGCCCACCAGAAUCAGAAGAAACAUUUGAUGGUGCUACUCCAUCAAUGGAAUGGGUCAGUGGAAGAACUCCACACUUGCGAUUGCCGCGGACGAAGGAUGUUAGCGUAAAUGGUUUUGUCGUAAAAGUGAAGUACUGUGAAACAUGUUUUCUAUAUCGCCCACCCCGUGCCUCUCAUUGUUCGAUUUGCAACAAUUGUGUUCAGAAGUUUGACCACCAUUGUCCAUGGGUCGGACAGUGCAUCGGACUGCGUAACUAUCGGUUCUUCUUCUUGUUUAUAUCAUCAUCGACAUUUUUAUGCAUUUAUGUAUUCAUCAUCUCAUGGCUGAAUAUUAUCGGCGAAAGGAAACACUAUACCUCAUUGUGGAAGUCCAUGACAAGCGAGGUCUUAUCUCUUGUUCUCAUCAUUUAUACAUUCGUCGCUGUCUGGUUCGUCGGUGGGCUUACUGUGUUCCAUGCCUACUUGAUCAGCACAAAUCAGACUACUUAUGAGAACUUCCGAUACCGUUAUGAUAAGAAAGAGAAUCCUUACAACAAAGGGCUAUUUGGAAACUUCAAAGAUGUCUUCUUCUCAAAAAUACCAUCUUCGAUGAACGACUUCAGAUCGUGGGUGUUUGAAGAUUCAAAAGAAACCGGAACUCAUAUUUCAACUAAUGGAAUCAGUAUCAUCAGUUCGAAGGAGAAAAUUGACAUAGAAAUGGGCAUGAAGUGUUCACCAGACAGUAGUACACCGAUUCCGAGCAUAUUACAGAAUCUGGAUUAUAGCAUCAUUGAUGAUAAUCUUAAGAUGAAUAAUAGGCAGGAGGCUGAUGUUAAUCCUGAUCCUUUCGAUUUUCCAACUGCUCAAGAACCUCUAGUUGAAGGAUCAGGAGAUGCUGAUGUAUGCUGCAAUGAGACACAUGGACAAAUUGUGACCGACACACCCAAUGUAACUAUCAGCACAAAUGAAAUUUCAAAUCCAAACAUAGGCGAUGGCGAGCUACCACAGACAUGAGGUAAGUGCUCUAAUGAGGAGUAUGUAAAUCAGAUUCAACAGAGUUUGUAAACAGGAAAGAAGAAGGAAGAACAAAAAUAAUAAUUCAGUGCAAUCUGUCUGUCCAAUUCACAAUUCAGGCUACAAAUUUGCAUUUGUUUUCAGCAUGUAAGCAUGUCCAUAGUUUGCCUGGAAACAAGAUAUGUGCAGUAUAAAAAGACAAGUGUGCAUGCAAUCAUCUUUUUGUCCCUUUGAUAUUCUCAGGAAACAGUAAUUUAUGUGCAUUCUGUAGAUACUUUUAGUAUGAGUUUUAUCUUGUAAAAUGAAGUUU